AUGAAAAUCCCCGGCCAUCAUGAUGACAUCCUACGUAACACAGUAGUAUUCACAGCCAUCAGCACUGACGGUAAUCCACUUUUCCUAUCAUUAUCAAGGCAGACGGCGGGAAAGAUCCAUUUUAUUUGUGGACAGAUGUUGGGCUCCAAUGUCGAUUCCUUUAUCAGGCUAAUCAUUUCGACAGGACAAAUACACUUUGACCAAUGGACUCACCUGGCUGCAACUUGCCAAGAGAAAAAAAUUAGUCUGUACAUUGAUGGAGUGGAACAAAGAGCCUUUAUCGAAAGAAACACCUCUAAUUUUUUCUUCAACUAUCUUUUAAGUAUGGCAGAGCAGAGUAGCUUGAACAAGUUGUAUUACAUUGGAGGUUUGCCAUCCAACGGAGGACUUAGCAUUAGAAGUGUAAAGUUCUUUGGAUCGGUAAUGGAUCUUCACGUCAUUGGAGUAGCAUUUACUCCAGACGAGAUUUACGACUUAUACAAGGGUGAGAUAAACAUACCGCACUAAGGCAACUUUCGUUUGAAUGUCGAAAGAAAACGUUGAUUUUUUUGCUAAAAUUAUCCACUUAUUUAUGAUUAUUUUUUUAUCUAGCCAUUUCCUCGUGUAUCAUUUUACUAAUCGCAAUGACUGGUUCAAAGACUUCUCAAAAUUUUCUCAGCUAAUUUUCCACUCUCUAGAUGUGACUUGGUUGCACUUAGAGGGUGGAAAAGGUUUAUACGUGUUGUGUGAUGAACGCCAAAAUUCAACUGUGACGAUGAAUUUUUCGGGAAGGCGAGCGCGAUUCGUGAAUAAAUAAACCAGCGUGACUUCAAUUCGGUCUGUAUUCAUACGAGUGAUUAACAAUAUCGGACGACCGCGGGAGCCCAAAAUUUAAUCACGACUUUGACCUAAGACAGCAUUAGACGAAAGGUAAUCCUGUUACCAAUAAAUCGAAACUAUAAAAAAAAUAAAAAAGUUAAGCAAAAACUACCUAUCGGUUAUACCGGUUUUAAUGAUGAAAAAACAACCAAACAAAAGAAACUGACAACUCGGCGAAAAUUACAACAUCGGGGCGCGAAUAUGACGCUAACUGUCCUAUUACAGUGUUGAAUAACAAGAAAGACACAUACACUAUCCUUAAUUAAAGAGCUCAAAUUGGGUUGAUAGCCUAUUAUGUUGUGCUAGGAUUUUUUUAUAAUAUUAUUGAUUAACAAGGAAACAUAACUAUAUUGGUAAGUCCCACGCUUCAUAAACAAUUUCUCGUCAUCCCAUAGAUUACGCACUAGUCAUAAACGUCACAUUAACUGAUGCAAAGGGAGACAUUGUUAACGUCGAGUGGGAGCCGCCGUCAUGUCCAGCAAACAUCAAGAUGUAUUUUGUCCACUACAGGGAAAUCGAUAACAAAGACUGGAAUGCAAUUGCUGUUUUUUCAAAUGUAACUUCCUAUGAUCUUCAGCUACAAUCCUACAAGGAGUAUGAAAUUACUGUUACCACGAGAGACAUUGAUAAAGAUAUUCCUCGUAAACUAUGGAGGGUCAGAACUCAAGGAGGUAGGUCCAUGUGAGAUCAUAAACCCGUUCCUGGGCCCAGUAACGUUGUUGUUGAAAGGCGAUAGAGGACUGGGGAGAAAUGUGUCCUGGUGAAGGAUGCAAGCUAUUGUGGGAGACUUUGUAAAAGUCUAAAUAUUUAGAUUGUUUUUUGAGGAACUAUAAUAAAAAAGAGUUCUAUGUUGGACCAAGAUGCUUUGAUGCACCGCGCAAUCAUAAUCCGUGAAAACUCACUCCACAACUGAAACUUGUGUAAGGGAGCCGAUUUCUGUAGAGAUCGCAUCGGUUUUUUGGUUGAGUUAUGUAAUUUAUUUUUAUUUACUAACGUCUAAGUAUAAGAUAAAUAAAUAAUUAACGAAAUAAAUACAAUGAAUUUUUGAAGCCAGAUAUUAAUUUAUGUGCCUGUUUUAUGCUGCGGGCGUCUUUUCGUUUUUACCUUUGUAGAUUGCUAAUUAAAUUGAUUCCCCUUGUUUUACAAAAGCGAGUUACAGACCUUCAUUUUAGGUUACAUAACAGGUUUGACGCAAUAAAAACUCGCUUUUCACCACUGAUGUGGACAGCUGUAACAAUUAUUUAUUUAACUGAUUGUCUUUCAGUUAACCAAACCAUUCUAGUAAAUCCUGACGAGCAAAAUGACAGCACCAGUUACAAAGACAAUAAAAGAUUAAAAGCUCUAAUAAUCACUGGGAGUGUCGCAGCUGUGUUUGCGGUAGCUGUCAGCUUGUUUUGCUACAGAAGGAGACAACUUCGCUCUGUUUUGGAGCAAAGGUUUGCAAGAAAAAUACUUCACACCAUUUAAGCCCGGUGGCUCAGUUAAUAUAGCGCCCAGUUAGUAUCUUGGAUGGGCAGGUUCGAACCUCGUAGAAGUCUUAACUUGUUCUAGACAUCUUCUCGAUUCAGUUUCUUUAAUUGCAAUUAAUUUGUGAGGAUCACAUCGUGAUUUAGUUUAACUUUAUUAUCGUCAAUUUUGCUUUCCAUAUGUUUAGACCGCUUUCAAAGUCAAAAUCUAAAAUCGUUCACUUAUUGCAAUCGGAAGUGAUCCCCGAGAGGGUAACUCUGUUAGAAGAACUGGGACAGGGAGCUUUUGGAAAAGUUCACAAAGGAGUCUUGAGAGAGUUACCAAAAUCUGAAGUCUUCUAUAAACCAAAGAGGGAAAGAAUCAACGAAGUGAGCAGAGAAACUGUUGUUGCUGUCAAAGUGUUACUUGGUAAGAGGAUACAUUAUAUUUGAGAUAGGCAUUUGAAUUGAAACGGGAGUAAUGUUAUAACAGAGCCACGUCCAGAUUUCAGCGCGUGCGAUUGUGGCCUGAGGCCUUUGGAAAUGGUUGGCCAUUCGAACUUAAAAUGUUUGAACAUUUUUUUCAGCACGUCUAAGGCCAAUUAGCGGAGCUCUUAUACGGGCAAACUGCAAGGUGUUCGAAAGGAAAGAGGUUAAGAAUUCCGAAAAAAGGGGCGAUAUAAUUGAGAUAGAGGGAAAAUGGUACAACCUAAUUAUUUUUAAUGGUGUUGGAAGGAGGGUGGGGGGGGGGGGGGGGUUUGCAGGAGGGAGAAGGUAGUAGCAUUGAAAAGGAAGGGUUUUAACACUUCAUAUCACAUGGGGUACUUCUGUGUACACCUUGAAAAUCUUGUUUAAUCUCUUUUAACUCUUAUUCAGAUACAGCGAGCAAGGACGAUAAAAAACAGUUUCUGCAAGAAAUUGAAUUUAUGAAGAAAAUUGGUUCUCACAGGAAUGUGCUAAGCAUGAUUGGCUACUGGGAAAGGUCAGGACCAAUUAUGCUUAUCCUCGAGUAUGUUCCGCAUGGAGAUCUUCUUCAGUGGCUACGAAACAAAAGACAGGUAAACAACACUCUCCCAUGGUGCCUCCGUAUGUCUAUAAGAUACCGUUAGGAUACCGCUUGGAUCCAAGAUGAGACUUAGGGUGGGAUACACGAGCAAUCCCCUCAGGUUUACCGCUGAUAUCGCGGUGAUAGUACAAGUGGGCCUUUUGGGCGCAAUCCCAGUGCUAUGCAAAGAGGUAGGCCUGUCGCGAUUGUACUCGGCAACUUUUGGCGUUCAAGGCAAUUUUUUGCGGUAUUAGAAACCUCAAGCAAUUUUUCCUUUUUGGCAACUUAUCAAAAAAAUCAACGAUUUCAUAAAAACUUCGAUUUGUGCGAAUUUCUUUAAUGCUUCGCAGGCCUAUUAUCUAAUAUCAAAAUGGUUUUCAUCGUUAAUUUAUUUUUCAUGAACGGAAAUGAAUAGUUAAAAGUCUCCUUUAUUUGCGAACAACUCUUGGAAGCUAGGUUUAUUAUUGUAAAGAACGAAACCUAUAAGAAUAUAUCAAGAAAUUUAGGAGGCAACUUUUGAAAUUUAGGUAGCAACUUUUUGGAUUUUUGGCAAUUUGCUAGCAAUUUUUUGGAACUCCAGUCAGCAACUUUCUAGCAUUUUACGAGUGCAAUAGGGACAGGCCUACAAAGAGGUAAAUUUGCAGCUCCGGGUAGGAUCCCGAAACGAUCCCGGGAUGUACACCGUGGAUAUUGCGGCGAUACUCCGGGUGAGAUCCCGGAAACCCUCCUCACCAACAUGAGAAUUAUUCUCUCGCCAAUGGUGAACAUAUUUUGCCAACCAUUUUUUUUCUGCUCCUCUCAUUUCUACUUAGUAUAUUUCUUCGCAUCAAUAUGCUGUAGGCGACCAAACUCCGUUUACUUGUGAACAGCGAAACAAUGGGGCAACACGAAUAAUUGAAAAGCCAAGUAGAAUUCAGUUGAUAGAAGAUGAUAACGAAACUCGCCUGAAUGAAAAUACAAUUUCAUUGGAUUCCGAGAAAACUGAGAAAAAUGCGAUCCGUCUGAGCGAGAUGAACAUCAGCUUUUCCCUUGGCAAUGAACAAUACGGAAAUAAUAAUGAAGGCCUUUCCGCCGAAGAUCUGCUUUGCUUUGCGUGGCAAAUAACUCAGGGAAUGGUGAGAAACCUUGAAAUUCUUGUAAAUAUUGUGAAGUAUGGUAAAUGAUCAAUGACUAAAAUCUAGCAUUUUGGAAAUGUUUUCACCGUUGAAUAAGAACAAAUGUUAGAAAUGUUGAGGUAUGGUUUUAUGACAUAGACGACAGAUCUUGCUCUGUGAAUUUAUGAGAACGGGAUCAGUGUUAUAUUGGCACUACAAGAGUGGCCUGUUUCUUUCUUUCUGAGACUUAGAAUGAAAGUUUUUUUUGGAGAUGAAGUUAAAAAAAUGAUUCUAUUAAUUUUUUUCCAUCAACACUUUUGGUCAAAAUGGUUUUGUUAGUGUUUGAUGAUAUCUCAAAAAGGGAGCAAACUCAUUGAUUGCAAACAAUCAGCACCAAAUACUGAGACUUUUACUGCCAUACUUAAAACAACCGCAAAAUCUAACGCUUUCUCUUCAACGAAACGCACUCUCAGGAUUACUUGGCCAGCAGAGGAUUUGUUCAUCGUGAUCUGGCUGCCCGUAAUGUUCUUCUCGGUGAGGGCAGAACUGUCAAAAUUGCUGACUUUGGACUGUUACGUCGCACAUAUGGUGAAAUAUACGAAGUGAAACAGAUGAAGAAACUGCCAAUCAAAUGGUCAGCGCCGGAAGCGCUAUUUUACGGAACAUAUACCUCUAAAAGUGACGUGUAGGUAUUUACCUUGAGGUUUCAAAUCGCAGGCCUUUAGUUUGUUACAACUAAUGAAACGUUUCAAUUUUUUUCAUUUAGCAAAAUAAAUAAAUACUCAAUUAAUAAUUACUUUUAGGUAAGUAUGCUCGUGGCACAUAAAUACAGGUACAGCGAAUGCAGCUUUGCGUAAAUUCGGCUGCAUAUUAGUGAAAUUAAUUAAAAGUAUAAUCUUUUUUGAUCAAAUAAAUUACUUUUUAGGUGGUCUUUCGGAGUUCUGUUGUGGGAGAUAGCUACUAUGGGUACGUAAGAGAUUGUUUGUGAUUGUGCCUUACGAUAGAACGUUAACUAUUACAUACGUUAAGGAGAUUAUAUUAUCGUUCUUAUGGAAGAUCUAACAAAAACAGCAUUUAUCUCUCUUUCGAAAAUCAUUAUUUUUAAGAGAGAAUUUUUCCAAACUGAGUUCUCAGUUUUCUUCGAAAAUCAAGUAUCUUGGACUAUGGGGUUUUCGUUUCAAUUAGCUCACUUUUCCUGUGUCCACAGGGAGUGAUAUAUAUUACAAUCAAAUUAUACUUUAUCAUUAAACUUUCAACUCCGAAUAUUGCAUUUCUAGUGUUCUGAUUGGUUCACUCAACUCCGGUUAUCAGCUCAUAUUCCGAGUCACCUAAUAUGGAAAUUUAUGACCCAACUGUUGCGGAAAGGAAAAAAGGUGUUAAAUAUCCAAACAUUUCGGAUUCAAUAAAUUUUUCCAAAAACAUUUUGGAUACGAGAUUGGUUAUGGCCAUCUCGGCGCCACGCGCCUCGUUGGCUAUUUACCAACUUAUAUCCAAUGCACGCUAAUGGAAUAAUUGUUAAGUACUGGUUUAUUUCAUCAAUUGGAAGUUUCUUCAGUUGAGGUGGGAACUCAUUGUGAUGGUAUAGCUGCGAUCAAAAGUGAUGAGCGUAAAUAACUUUUGAAAUAGUGGUGCAAGACGAGUUGGAAGACAUUAAACUGUAAUUAUCAGAAGAUAUGAGAAGAGUGUAGCUGUGUAGUAGAGUUGGAUCUUAAUAAGUCUUGUGGUAUUUUGUUAACUGAUCCGUUAUGUAUACAAAAGGUGGCAUUCCAUAUCCUGGCAUUAGCAAUAAAGAGAUAUACAAUCUUCUCAAGACUGGAUAUCGGAUGGACAAACCAGACAUGUGUUCUAACGAAAUGUGAGUAGCUUUGCCUAUGGCUGUAUGUUUAAGAAUCACUUUUAAUGACAGAUGUCAAAGUUACCUCGCUAGUUUGCUUUACAUUUAACUGGAAGACUGCUUCAAGACACCACAGAGCAUUGUAAGUUAUGUUUUUACUUGAAAGUCAAAGACUCUCUUUGCCGGUCAUUGAGAAGCCAUAUGAAGCCGUCAACGAUAAUCGUAUGAGUCAAAAUUUACAUGUGUUAUAUGAAGAAAAUCCCCUUUUUUAAGCGUUUAUUUGCUCGAAAUCUAAGAUAAACUAUUUUCCGUUUUGAUGCCGAGUCCCAGCGACCCAAAUGUUAUUUCCCAGGGAAAACUCGGCAGAUGUCAGUCAACUUUCCAAUUAGAGCUUCAGGCUCCACAAUAAGUAUAAGCAUUUUUAUCUCAUCAGAUACAAGUUAAUGCUGGAAUGCUGGAAGGAAGAUCCUUGCGAAAGACCGACAUUCAGGGACGUGAUUAAAACGCUGGAAGAAAUAAUGACUAAAGACACUCCUUAUUACGACUUCGACAAACUGGACGAGAAUGAUGCUUGUUACGAACAAUUCAUUUCUGACAGCAGUGACACUUGCGAUCCAGAUACUCGGUUAUAAUUUGCUAGUUUCAAAUAAUGCAAAUGAGCUAAAUCUUCAAGGGGUGCAUGUCCUUCGUCCGCCCUUCCCCCCCUCCAGACGGUACACCAUUUCAUUAACAUCAAGCAUUUAUCAGGUUUUCCUGACAGUUCAACAGUAUUGUUGUACUAUUUGGACCUAUAGGGACUCCCCUUAGGUAGCCCUGAUGUUUAAUGGUUGUCACCCCCCUAGAACAGCCAUGUACGUUUAGUGAAA